AUGAUUGAUUUUGCUGAUAGGAGUAUAAGUCGCGAUGAAGAGUUGAUUCAAGCACAGCGAGGUGAGGUCGUGAUCUCCGGCCGUAGCAUGAAGACUUAUGCAUUCCAUCACUUUCGUUCUCUAGUUUCUGAUCAUAUCAACUAUUGACUCGAAAAUAAAGAAACUUAUGCUUUAUAUUUCCGGGCAAAUCCCUCAUAGUUCUUUUUGUUUGGACCUAUCUCACUGAUGAUGUGUGGCUAGGUGAAUAUUUUUCAGUCCCAAUUAUGUGCCCUUUUCACAAAGAGGUUUCUUUGCUUCAUUCGAGACUGGACGCAAUUGUUUGGUCAGGUGUUCGUUCCUCUGGCGCUUUUGAUUGCGAUCGCUUACAUCUCAAGAAAUAUGGGGAAGAUGUAUGGCAGGAAAGGGUAUAUAUUCUCGUUCAUCUGUGCCUCUUUGUCUGAAUUUCAAUGUUUCCAUCACUGAGUUACGUUCAGGAGAGAACUCCCAGCUCCUGGAUUUGGCGCGAUAUUCGCCCAGGACGCCGUCGACGUGCUCUUUAAUCUGGAAGCUUAUCACUCAUCGCCUAUUUCAUUAAAUGCGUACGACAAUGCGCGAUUGAAAGUUGAAACGAAUGCAUCCGACAGAAUAAUCAGUACCUACUUGCACGCUUAUUUGCCUGACAGUUUGGCAGGCGAAGUCUCAGCGUUCCGGCCUCUUGUUAGUUAAGCAGAUGUGGAGAAAGCGCUGGGACAAUUCUUGGUUCUAGCACUGACGUUCGUCACAUCACCUUUUGUUGUUUUCUUAGUCAAAGAGCGCGUUAGCAAGUUUGCGCACCAGCAAUCCUUGACGGGCAUAUCUCCAGUCUUAUUCUGGGCAUCCUCGUUGUGA